GUGCUAUGCAGAGAAGCGAAGUCGUACGUUUUUGUUUUUCACAAUGCUCUGUGCUCCGUAAUGCUGCUUCAUGUCGCCAUUCUUUCGCGUUUGAAAACUUUAACGGGAAGAGAAUGAACACGGAAGUGCGUUUCCAGGCCUCGUUUAGCCGCCAGUGCUACAGUUUCCAGCUUUCUUAGGGAUGGGCCCGAAAAACAAACGGGCGCCUAUUCGUCGGGAAUACAAGUCUCUCACUAAGGAUGCCCUCCGCCAAGAACUGAAAUACCGAGGCAUAAAAUCAUCGGGCAAGAAAUCAGACAUGGUGAAGCGGCUGGAAAAGUGGGACCAAGACCAGAUGGCAGCCGACGCAAGUGAUUCCGCAAAGGUGGAUUUGUUGGUGCGCCAGCGCAAGACUUCGGAGUCUCUUGGUGGAGUGACCAAUGGAGGCCUGGCCGCUUCGGCCGGCUUGCAAAAGGAGACCCUUCGCAUGGAGCUGCUGGCUGGAUGCGACGACCGAAAGAGCCUGGUGCUCUGGCGGAGGCCUGUCAUGACAUUGCGGUAUUUCUUCAGUGAGCUCUUCGUGCUUGGCCUUGACAUGGGUGUCAGGUUGUGGCGGAAUAGGAAACAAGUCUUGGCUGCAUUGUUAGUAUUCCUCCUGUGCACUAUUGCCUACUACAUUGAAGGAUCUCAUCAAAAGUACAUAGCGUUCAUAGAGAAGAAAGUGCUCUGGUGUGCCUAUUGGGUAGGCCUUGGUGUUCUCUCUUCGGUUGGCCUGGGAACAGGUCUCCACACCUUUCUGUUAUACCUGGGCCCUUACAUAGCCGGAGUAACGUUAGCAGCUCACGAAUGUGGCACUGUGGAUUUUCCGGAACCUCCUUACCCUGAUGAAAUUAUCUGCCCUGAGGAGUCUAGUCCUGGAGCCCAUGUUGGCAUCUUGAAGGUGAUGAGCAAAGUGAGACUGGAAGCAUUUAUGUGGGGUGCAGGCACCGCCUUGGGAGAACUGCCACCAUAUUUCAUGGCGAGAGCCGCGAGGUUGUCUGGCAACGAAGACCUUGAGGAUCUCGAAGAGUUGGAGGAACUCAUGGAGAAAGAGAAGAGUAAAGACCUGUCUGUUCUGGACAAGGCAAAGCUGGCCGUGGAAAAACUAGUGGAGAGAGUUGGCUUCCUGGGUAUCCUGGCCUGCGCCUCGAUCCCCAAUCCACUGUUUGACCUGGCUGGCAUCACUUGCGGACAUUUCCUGGUUCCCUUCUGGACCUUCUUUGGGGCCACCCUGAUUGGCAAGGCUGUCAUCAAAAUGCACAUCCAGAAGCUCUUUGUCAUCAUUGCCUUCAACGAGAACCACGUUGAACUCUUGCUCAAAAUGCUCAGAUACAUCCCCUAUGUGGGCCGCUACCUCCAAGCUCCGUUCAAGGAAUUCCUGGCCAAGCAGAAGGCCAAGCUUCAUCGCAAAGUGGGCUCCCAUGUGGCUCAGGAGGGUUCACUGCUCGCUUGGCUCUUCGAGAAGCUGGUCCUGGGCAUGAUCAUCUACUUUGUCCUCUCCAUCGUCAACUCGAUGGCUCAGAGCUACCACCGGCGACUUUCCAAGGGCCAGAAAGCCGCUUUGGCACCACGCGGCAAGGUGGCCAUCAGUUGAACUUGGGUUGUGUGCUGCUCUUCUGCACGGCGAGGCGUGCACAUGCAGAGGGCAAUGCCCUAUGUGGACUACUACAUACGAAAAUGUGCCACAUGAGAGGAACUGCUAGACAAAGAUAAUGCACUUGCCUCCUCCCUGCCCCCCCCCCUCCCCCUGUGUUGACAUUGCUGGAACUCAUUCGCACCUUCUUUUUCGGCCGUCCAAGAUUUUUUCUUUCCACACUGUCUAUGAAAUGGUGAAAAGAGCAAAUGUACCAUUAUUUUUUUCCAUCUCUUCGCACUGUUCCACCUAGCCACUGCAACAAACUUUUUUCUCUUCUUAAAGUGCAGGACUUUCUUUAUUUUGUUGUGCUUUGCAGAGUUUUUUUGUUGCUGUAUAAACGUUUUGUUGCUUACACAGCUUGUACAUAGGAGUGUGUAAUUGCAUCGAAAGGCAUAUGCAAAAAGCUUCAUGUAAAGUGCACAACGAAGUCGAAGGUCUGAUGAAAUCUUGUCAGGUCGGGAUGAAACGGUGGUGAAAACAUUGAUGGACGCCGAUCAAGGUGAAAAAUGUUUAUCGACGCUCAUUGUGUACAAGGCUCCCGUGUGGGAGCUGAAACGUCAGUAAACAUUUUUUCACCUUGGUCAGCGUCCAUCAUUGUUUUCACCAAAGUGCACAAGCCUGUGCCUAGUGGUGCUUUUUUUGUCUCACUUUGUUCUGAUUUCCAACUGUGUUUCUUUGGCUCUGCUAGAGAAGUCUGGAUUUAAUUAAAUUGGCACAGUGCAAAAAUGUUCUGGGAUGAUGGGAAUCCUGUUGUAUUAUGCAGAUUUUUAGCAGAAAACAAAGUAUUUACCGCUUUUGUCCAGUGUGUAGUUGUCAAAACGUCACCGCAAUCUGUACACGGUCUUCCCUCUUGUGUCAUUAAUUUCGCCUCAUCAGGGCUACAAUAUAAAAAUAAUAUAUUUGCUGGGCUUUCGUAGCUAUAUUGAUUACGGCACCAGAUCCUUUUUAGGUUGUUGCAUCAGCUGCGAGACAGUCUGGUCAUGACUACAGUGUGGGCUAUGAAGGUGACAAAGAGCUGGUCUUGGAAUUGCCCGCCAAUUUUGCAGGAAAGCGAAGUGCUCAUUGUUUCUUAAAAAAUGAACCUGUUGCAUAUAGUAAGCACUGCAUUAGUAUGCAGAAGAAAGCUGAAUGUGAGCAGUCUGAAUAGUACUGCAAUUGUAGGAGGCUGUGGUAUCAAUAGAACAAGGGAGAUUGUGGUGUUGGUUAAUUCUGAACGGCUGCCAAGUAUUCAGGUCAGACUGAAGGGCAUCUUUGCUUAGUGUGGCAUUUGUCUAAGUGAAAAAAAAGGCAACUGUAAAUCGCAUUUGUUUCGAAUGCGACUGUUGAUGAGCAGUUUUAACCACAAGGGCAUGUAACUAGCUUAGCUACGAGGCUGUAACACACCCCGGGUGCUACAUUAGUGCCCGCUAAUUUAACGAUAGGCGAGAAUUAUACCAACGUGUUGUGCGCAUGCCCAACUCUGGUCAAGGAACUAUGUUCUAGAGCUGCCAUCGCAUGUAGCAUUAGAGCUUAUAUGGAUGACUGUCUCUCCCCAUUUCAAGCUGUCCAAUUGACAUUCCCUUAUCACUUUUAGGACCCUGUUCUUUUUUUCUAUUGCGAGUGAAUGCUUUAUUUCACAUUGUACAUGUGGGAGAUGGCUCCAACGAACCUUUUUUUUGCAAGUAUGCAUUUGUGAGUGAGCAUGAUUGAUCAACCAGGAAUGUUGCGCUUGGCACUCGUGGAAGUUGGGGAGAAUUGUUCCUUAGUUAGAUCACCGAGUUUUAUUCAGACUGGCCUCAACACUCCCGAAUUGUAAAAAGUUAUAUAUAUUUAAUAAAGAAAUCUAUACAGAUUA